UAUAAGUGUGACCGCCAGGCGGCGCUGUGUGUAGCGCAGAGCGCAGAGCGGCGCCGAGUAACAGUCAGCUUUAAAAUGCCGCCGCUGAAACCCGCAGGUCAGACAGCCGUGCGGACUUUUCCCGGCGCGGUUCGAGAUGAGCAGCCUUUGGAUGGGAAAUCUUGAGGCGUCCAUGGAUGAGGCUUUUAUCCGCCGCGCCUUUGCUGCUUUGGGAGAAACGGUGACGAGAGUGAGAUUAAUCCGCGAUAAACUCAGCGGGGAUCCGGCUGGUUACUGCUUUGUGGAGUUUGCUGAUGAAGCCACAGCUGAGCGCUGUCUGCGCAGAGUGAACGGGAAACCUUUACCUGGAGCUGCUCCGCCGAAAAGGUUCAAACUGAAUCGAGCCACGUUCAGCAGACAGGAGAGCAGUCCCACUUUCUCACUCUUCGUGUCGGAUCUCUCUCCGGAUGUGGACGACGGAAUGCUGUACGAGUUCUUCUGUAUCCACUUUCCUUCGUGCUGCUCCGGGAAAAUAGUGCUGGACAGUAACAGCGACUCAAAAUGCUGUGGUUUUGUGAGCUUCACCUCUCAGAGAGAUCAGAGAAGAGCCCUGUCAGAGUUUCAGGGCGCUAUCGGACUCGGGAAGAAGCCGCUACGCCUCCAUUUGGCCACCAGCAAACCGAGUAAGAGAGAGCACACAGAGGAUCAGACUCAGUUCUAUAAUACAGAGAACUACGCCGAGAACCAGUGCUAUCUAUACCAGUUCUACAUCCAACAAUACUCCAACUAUUACUCUGGUUAUUAUCACAGCACAGUGGACUACGAUCCCUACACACACUGCUAUUGGGAUGCAGUACAGAGCUGUGAGGAGGUGCAGGAUGCUGAUUUGGAGUAUCCAAACAUGGAGCUGGAUGUUGUGGAGCUCAAUAGGAGGUUCAUGGAGAAGAGUGAGGAGCUUUACGACGCUCUGAUUGGCUGUUACUGUCAGCCUCCGGAGUCGUGGGAUGGGAUCAGCUGUAGCGUAAUGAGCUGUUUACCAGAGCCAGUUUACGAAUACGGGGACACGGAGUGGCAGUGAACACUUUCUCUGGUUGUUGUUUUUUUUGUUGAAAAUUUGUAUUUCUUGGUUAGUCUGAAUAAGAGCUGAUACGAUUGUCUUUAUGAACCUGCAGUGUUUCAGCAGUUGUUUCUUCCUGAGAUGGAGUUUCAUUUGUACGUUAUCUGUUUCCAGCUUUUCAUGUACAUACUAUGUAUACAGCAAAUAACCUGUUUACAGUAUUUACAAUAAAUGUAGUUUUGUUCUGCAUA